UCCUCCUCUUCCUCUUCCUCUUCUUCUUCUUACCUCUCCUUAUCUCUCAUUCUUAUCCUCUUCCCUCUCAUCUUCACUCCAUCAUUAAUAAAUAAAAGAAGGAUGCGGUCUGAUCCUUUGAUAAUACUACUGAUGAAUUGAAUGUCUUUCCUUAGCAUGCUUUUCUUGCCGCAUCUUUCCUCGCUCUUCAUCCUAUGAAGCCGCGCGUCAUUUCCCUCUCCCCCACUCCCCCAACUUAUCCCUCCGCAAAAACGACUUAGCAUUGUUCGAACCUCCCCAUCUCCAUCGAAACUCGAUCUCCAUAGCCCGCCAUGUCGUUGAUCGACAAGGGUCUCGCUUCGCCUCCCCCCGUUCACAAUGUCCCUCUGCACGACCUUGAAUCGUCCUCCAAAGCCGCCGAUCGCCCUUACUCUUCUAUGAGCAGCCGCUUCAAUAGCCACAAUUAUAAUGAUCAUUUCCAGGAAUACUUCAGUCACUUCAUGGAGUUGGCGGAGACGUUCUGUACCAAGGUGGCCAUAGUCAUCACUCCAAGUUUUCUACAACAUUACGUGGGAGGAGCGCCUCGACCGACAGCUAAACCGCACGCGAUCGCGGCUCUAGAUGGGUUGCGCGGCUGGGCCUGUCUGCUCGUCUUUAACUUCCACUUUCUCUUCACUUACACCUGGAAGGUCGCAUUAGGGUGGGGCUUUCAUGGAGAGAACUUUGCGCUUUGGCAGUUGCCCAUACUGCACAUGCUUGUCUCGGGUCAUAUCAUGGUGGCCAUCUUCUUCGUCAUCUCGGGCUACGUCCUUUCUUACAAGCCAUUGAAGCUGAUUCGCAAUCGCGCCUGGGAACAAACGUUCACUACACUCGCCUCGGCUACUUUCCGACGGGCGCUACGUCUCUAUAUCCCGUCGAUAGUGGGCAUAACUCUUGUCUUUCUGGCCGUACGUUUGGGAGCCUACCAUCCUUCCCACCGUGUCCUAGUGGAGGGUCGCACUAUCCUGGGCACCAAUGAGCAGCAUCCACCCAUCAUGCGCUCCUUCACGAAACAGUUCUGGGACGGCUAUUCAACUAUCGCACAUUUGAUGGACCCCUUCAACUGGUCUCUCUACUAUAACUAUUACAACCCGCAUCUGUGGACUAUUCCGGUGGAAUUCCGCAGCUCCAUCGUCCUAUUCCUCACCAUCCUUGGCACUUCGCGCCUUACUACUCCUGUCCGCAUGAGUCUUGUCAGUGGUCUCGUUUGGUUCUGCAUGCGCUUCGGCCGCUGGGACGUGGUGCUGUUCCUUUCUGGGAUGCUUCUCGCAGAGGCGGACCUCAUUUACGGCACCUGGGAACAACGCCCAAUUCCUGCCGGCACAUCCUCAAGGGCGACGACAACCAUCGACGAAAUCCCCAAACCUCGACUGCGCCGCUUUCUUCCUGCCAAAUCUCAUUCCUACCACUACCCUGUCCUCUCCCGUCUGUCCGCGCGCCGAAUUUCCUAUCGCAAUCUCUGGAUCACCCUCUUUGUUAUCGGUCUCUUUCUGGGUUCCACCCCAAAUACCGGCUACAAGUGGACGCCCUUCUAUAUGUGGACCUGGAAGAUCACCCCCAAAACCUACCCAGAGCCGCACCGCUUCCCUCAAACCAUAGGCGCCAUCCUCAUCGUCGCUAGCAUCAACCACUCCCCGGAGAUCCAACGCCUCUUUACCAACCGCCUGUCGCAAUACCUCGGUCAGAUCUCUUUCGCUUUCUAUAUCGUGCAUGGCCCCAUCCUGCACGGUCUCGGGUACGCCCUCAUGCCCCGGCUGUGGGCGAUCACGGGUCGGGCGACGAACUUUCAGGCAGGACUCGGGUAUCUCAUGGGAUGGAUGAUCUGCUUACCUAUUGCCUUAUGGGCAGGGGAUCUGUUCUGGCGGGCAGUAGACAUUCCCAGCGUCAGAUUUGCACGAUGGGUGGAGGAGAAAGUCAUUGUCAAGGGGCCCAUAUCUGUGUCUGGGCCCGCAGCCGUGAGCAGUGGCGAGCGACGGGAUUGAGCUCGACUGCCUCCAUCUCUGGCUGCUUUUUGCUACUCUUUUGAUUGAAACAUAUAUUGCCUGCAGUGCUAGGAUUUCAGGUUAGCGGGCGUCACCUCAAGUGGGACUCAUAGACAUUAGCCACGGGUUUGGCUGUACAUAUUAAGUCCAUGACCUCAUCAAAAUUUCUG